GUAAGGUAUCAGUGUUAGUUAGUUUAAUAUGUUUAUUAUGCACCCCAUACCCAUCCUGUGGGCGGUAGUCAAAAGAUUACAGAGGUACAUAAUGGGUCCAGGGACUGGGCCUCAAAGUUUUGAUAGCUGAGCAAGCUACAGAGGCAAUGAACUCACAAUUUACAAAGGUAAUGAACUCACAAUUUACAAAGGUAAUGAACUCCAGGUAGGUCUAGUCACAAUCAUUACAAGUUACAAAGGUAUUUACAGAUUACAGAGGUACACAAUGGGUCCAGGGACCGGGCUCCAAAGUUUUGAUGGCUGAACUAGGUACAAGGUAAUGAACUCACAAGUUACAAAGGUAAUGAACUCACAAGUUACAAAGGUAAUGAAUACUGUAAGAAUGGUUACUUACGUUUAUACAUGGCUGCAAUCAUGAACAAAUUUUAGAGUAAUGAGCAAUUCACACUUCCACACCCGGUCACAACUGUAGUGAGUUAUUGGUGCAAAUGUUGAUUGCUGAGUCUCUCUCUCUCUCACACACACACACACACACACACACACAUACAGUGGCCCUUUACAACCCCAACAACAAGAUUUUGGCAAAUAAGAGGUGAACGUGCGCGGUCGGCUAUGGUGAAGUGUUCGUCAAUUCCCCGAUGUUUACCUGAACAGAUAAAUAAGAAAGCCUGGAUGCCAUAUAAACACAGUUAUGGCGAAUUCAUUGUUCAGUGGUUCAGUUAGCGCAGCUGUUCCUGGAAAUGCAUCACACGGUGACGCUUUUCUGCCAAAUGGUGAAAAUUGUAUUAAGGAAGAGACUGGGAACUCAGAGGUGGAAAAUGGUGUUCUUGCAGAGGAUAUGAUUAUAGAUAUUAAACAAGAAGUAGAUUUAACGGAAGUAGAUGCAGAUGAGAAAAUAAAAAUUUAUGAGGCUAUUGUGAGAGAACAGAGUGAACAGUAUAAAAGAAUAACAAAUCAAGAAAGUGGACCUCUUAAAAGAAGAAUACUGGUGAAAGGUUUAUCCGUCACGUCGCGCACUAAUUCAAGGAGGAGGAGGAGAACGUUCUCACACAGUGCGCUUGACAAGACCUGCUACAGGGCACAAGAACUGAGAAGAAAGUUUAAACUAGGAUCCAGAUCAUCAGCUAAUGUUAGAUCAGCCUUCGCCUUAGAAAUGCCAGCGCCUCCUAAGUGUCUGUCAAGAUCAUCUCCUGUUAGCCAAUUUGAAAAGGAAUGCUUGUUGGGAAUUGUUAAGGACUUCAUGGAUAUAAUAGCUGACAAGUCUACUAGUUUUGUUGCUACAUCCAGAAAGGCGACAGUGUGGCAGGAUGUUGCAGCACGCUUCAAUGCUGCCACUGGAUAUAGCAAAUCGUCCCAACAAGUUCGGAAGAUCUGGGAAAAUAUGCGCAAUAGAGCCAAGAAAGAAUAUAUACGAGUCAUGCAAGAACAGAAUAAAACUGGGGGACCCCCACCCAUUCCAGUAGAUGCCCUGAGUUGUCAAGUGCUUCCUUUAAUAGAGAGAGAACUGGAGCCUCUAGAGAAUCCAUGGGAUUGUGAUUCUGAUGUGCAUAAUCAAAGCAUUCUUGAAGAGUCUGAUGCUAGUGAUGGCCCAGUUUCCUAUGCUAUUACUACACCAGAGCCUCUCCUUUGUCUUGCGGAUCCGUCAGUAGAACCAGAGUCUAUUGCUGGCUCAUCAGGGGAACCCCAGUGCCAUUCAGGUCCGACUGCAGAACGAGAGCAUCUGAUGGAUACAUUAGCUGUACCUGAAUCACUUGAUGUACCAUCCUCAGAACCUGAGUGCCUUGUGGGUUCCUCAACAGAACCCAAGCCUCCUGCACCUCCAUCUAGUGAACCUGAGGGGCCGCAUGAAAGUUUUGCAACUGUAACUGAUGAUAGUCCAGCACAAGUUGUUCCUGUGCAGAGGGUGAGGUCCACCAGGAAAAGAAAAUCAUGGUCCUCAUCAAGAUCCAAAGAAGAUGCCUAUGACACAGCAUUAAGGUCGGCAGAUGAGCGUAACAAGAAGCGAAUGGAGAUGGACCAAGCCCUACAUGAGCAACAGAUGCGUUUAGUGGAGAUGCAACUGGCAUACUUGGAGGAGUAUCAUAAAAAACAGUUGGAUAUCCUUGGAUUGCAAAGACAGUAUUGGGAAAAAAAGUCCAAAAAGGAAUAAGUGACCAUAUUAUGGAAGGGGUAUUAAUAAAUUUAAUUGUAGAUAUUAUCUAUUUUAAUUAUAUUUUUAAUUUAAAUGCAUGCCUUUUCUCUUUUUUACCAAGAUCUGUCUCGUACUCUAAAUGUGAUAAUAAAAGUAAGUUUCAAACAAU